UUUCUAUGCACUUCAGUUUUCCUCUGAAAACCCAAGAUGUAUCGGGUUGUAAAUCCACUGUUAAAGCACAUCAUUUACCGGUAUUCCCAUGAUGCUACUUCAAGGCAACAAUGUCUGCAAUAUUUAAAAGCCCUAAGAACUCUGCAGUUUAAGGGCUACAACACUAUCUUUUUAGGAGAAACUGAUAUUUCAGAAAGCCUAAUAACAGGAGAAAAGGUUUCUCAUGAAGAUACUCUCAACUGGCCCAAAUGGACUAUUGUACAUGCUGGCAAUAGCCAAGGAUGGGUACCCUGGAGAUAUAGAGUGUUUCUAAGGAAUGAGUUGCCCUUAGGCCAGCAAGAAGUCUUUCAGGAAUUCUGUGACUUUCUCUCCAUCACUUAUGGAAAGUGUGCCAUUGUGGUCCGAGAAAGAAGACCAUCAAGAGUAAAGACUGAAGAGUCCAGGCAGGAGGUGGAGAUAACUGAACCCCAGGCCACAUCUGCCCCUUCUUUACUGUGCAUGAACUGCUGCCCUGAGACGGCUGAGGCCACAGGUCACAAACUUCUCACUGUGCCUUUCUCCUACAACUAUCUGCACCCUAUAGAUGCUGCUUGGUCAUCACUGAAAUGGUUCAUCAUCAAUAACAGAAAGGAGUUUUCUCUGGCCUCCUUCGAAAGAUCCUCCUCCUACCAGUGCAUCCUCUUCAGUGACUUGAUUGUAAAAGGAAUAGAAAGAAUGACGCCAAACAAGUGGAAGGCGGCUGUUAGUAAAACACGGAGGUGGGAAAACUACUACUUGGAUAAGUUUUCCUAAACUUCCCUGGCCAUCUUUGAUUAAAAGCUGACUAACUGUUAUAUGAAACCUACCAGUAUAUUCAUCUUCCAAAGUCCAAAUCAACUGUGUUAAUAAUUAAUAAAAAGAAUAAUUUUGAGGGGAUUUUAAACCAUGACCAGUAUCCAGUUGUA